CAAACCCUCGUUUCUUCUCUCAGGAUGAAGAGAUAAACAGAAUGAUGCCACAGAGAGAGAGAGAGAGGAUUAGUGUUUAUUUUUCACUCCUGAAGCCUGUACAAGGUAGUGAAGUGAAAGCUGAUGUCUGCUCUGGGAUCUGAGCUGGAGAUUUUUUUUUUUACCAGCAUGAUGGAGUGAUUGCGCGUAGACACACACACACACACACACACACACACACACACACACACACACACAGAGAGAGAGAGAGAGAGAGAGAGAGAGAGAGAGACAGAGAGAGAUGUGGAAAAAAAUGAGCUGCAGUUCAACACGUUUCAGUUUCUCAGAGAUUGAGGAAAAACAGGAAGCUGAUGAAACUCAUCUGUUCUGUCUUCCAGACUCUCAUUCAAGACUCCAAGUAAGUGUGGCUAGGGACAUCACGAGGGACAUCAGGGGCUUCUUGGCUGUCGGAAACUGAACACCCGCUACAUCAGCCCCAAUAAAAUCCAAUGUCAGAUCAACCCAGUUGGUGAUGACCUGGGACCUGCUCAGAUACUGCAGAUCAGCACCUUCUCACCACAUCUCUCAGCUCAAGCCCAUCAUCUCUGGCCCACUGCCAUCUGACACCCCAUCACACCUCCCAAACUGCACACACACUCACUGCGAGAUCGCCUGACCCUUUACCACUGAGUGAGAGACAUCCUUGUGUAAGAUAUGUCUCUGACUGAGACACAUCAGUGAGACAUGUUCUUGAGUGAAACAUGUCAAUGAGACAUGUCCCUGAGUGGGACACAUCAGUGAGAUACAUCAGCAAGAUACAUCCCUGAAUGAGACAGUGAUCUUGGGGUGGAGCAUCUCUACACAUGAUUGUUGCCGUGACGAUGUGUGUAUUCGUGUCUCCGUUGGUAGUGGCCGGCAUCGUCAUUGGCCUCGUGCUCUUCCUCUCACUCCUCAUCAUCAUCAUCGGCAGCAUGAGGAAGAAAAAACACUCACACAUCAACACAGAUGCUGCAGACGGAUUUUCGUUCGGAGGAUCGACGGGUGAGCUGAGGUCGGAGUGUGUGGAUGAGUUUCCUCCUGCGUUUGACUUUGACUCAGACACAGAGACAAGCCCCAUCCCGAUCAGCGCUGGUUAUCCUGAUGCACCGCCUCAUUAUGAUGAGUGUGUGGGACGGGAUGCGACACAGAUCUUCACCCCGACAGACGAUCCGCCGCCGUACUCACACACCUCACACACACACACCUGCAUCGAGGGGGCGGAGCUUCCUGAAGGUACUUGGUUGGCAUAUACACGUGUAGGUUCCCAUCAUCCAAUCAGGUUACAGGAUGUUUCCUCUGUGUUUGUUUUGUCUCUGGAUGAUCUGCCGCCGUACGAGGCUGUGAUGGAGCAGCAGAACCGAACCAUUCCACUGAUCGCCAGCCAAGGCAUGAAACACACCACCGAGUAAACACACCACGUGUGUGUGUGUGUGUGUGUCUGGUUGUGGUUGACUGGCGCCUUUUGAUGACAUCAUGUGAUUAAAGAAUAAUCAAAUCCUACAGAACAGAACAGGAUUUGAUGAAAACACAUUUGCUGAAACUUAAAAACAGACUUUAUUUUACAGGACUUUAUUCAGAUCCAACGCUGAGAACCAAAGACGUGAUCACUGUCCGAUGAUCCGAGUCUCAGAUGUGUUCAGAUGUUUUCUGUCUUUCUGUCUCUCUCUGUCUCUCUCUCUCUGUCUCUCUCUCCCUCUGUCUCUCUCUCCCUCUUGCUCUCUCUCUCUGUCUCUCUCUCUCUCUGUCUCUCUCGUUCUUCCUUGAUUUCCUGAUGACUGCUGUUUAAAAUUAAUUCUAAAGUCUUUUCUAUAAGUCCUGAGCUUUAUUUACUUCUGUAGCUAAUUUGUAGGAAUUCAGAUUUUCAAUAAAGCAAAGAAGAAAUCUGUGAAGUUUUUUAUGCAUUGGAAUUCCUUUCCUAAUGCAGUUAAAGAACUGUCUUUGUGAACAGAUUAGCAAAGAAAACACUGAAAUACUGGGUGUAUAUUUAAAUUUAGUCAAAACAUCGAGUGUUUCCACACGUCAGUUCAGUUGGGAUUAAAAACCCCGGACCUGAACAUGUGUAAAGAAGCUAAUCUCAUGUUAGUAUGUGAGUUUGCAUUCGAAAAUGAUGUCACAUGACCUGGUCAUGUCAGCAGAGUAUUUUCAGCUGUUUCACGCUCUCGAAGCAACAAAUUAUUAUAAUUCACAUCAUUAUUUGUUCUUCAACAUUAUAACCAUGGCAGAACCGCGGCGUGCUGAUCGCUCUCUGAGUGAGUUGUGAGGUAACGCACACGACUUCAGCAAACAGUUCACUCAUUUUCUGAAGACAGGUAAUCAUUUAAAAAAAUAUCCAGAAGGAAAAUAAACCACUCUUUACAAAUAUGAUUAAAUAAUAGACAGUUUAAUCAUAUUAACCAUGUGUGUGUAAUUCAUUCUGACUGUUCAUGUACAAACUUUAUUUAUUCCUCUAUAAAAUUGUAUUCUGUUUGAAGUGUUUGAAAAUUAUCAUAUUUAAAUCUGAAAUUAUUCUAAUUGAAGAAAUUUGGUGCCAC